UUCACCCCAGUAUCUCUAAGAAUUAUGUCCAUAUUGGGUGAUUAGGCAUUUCACUAUUUUCACCUGAUGCUAAAGUAGCAUAGAAACAUAAGAUGCAAUGCCUGCUUAGUAAAACAAACAACAAAGUCAACAGAUAUGAUAUACAUUUUAGAUUUACCGACUUACACUUUCAGAGAAUUUCGUUAUCCCAGAUGUCCACAGGCAAGUGCUAGUAGCAGAUUCGAUGUACUUACUGUCAUGAAAUGUAAACAAAUAUAGGCCCAAAAAAAAAAGACUGAUGCACACCACAGUGUAACUAACUGAAUCCAUGGCCAUGUAAUUCCUGUUUCUUGUACAUGUUGAGUUUCUAUUUGCUCAUUAAAGUGAAGACUAAUAAUGCCUAACCCAACAUUAUCCAAAAGAGCUGAUAAAAUCACAGCAUAGCAUAAUUGAUGUAAACCAACUAGACAUCAGGGCAAGUUAUUUGACUGACAGGUAAUUAGCAAAUAAUAAUUUGAUAUUGGAGGAGGGUGGAACAUAUCUGCAUUUGAUUGGAUUGCAUCUGAAGUAGGUUUAUUGAGUGAACUGCUGUUUAACGUUUGUUCCAUGUAUCUAUGCCUGUGCUGAUACCCGGUAUUCUCUGAAUUCAAUUAGCCAAGCUACUUAUAAAAUAAGGAGUGACAUUUUGUCAACCCCUAUCAUAAACUUAACCAAAGCAUAAACAUAGAGGCAGCAGAUCAGAAAAAGUCUCUUUGGGUUAUUUUGAAAGGCCUGUUUUGUUAAAUAUAAGGAUUCCGUUUUAAUGUUUGUCAGCAGAUAGAAUUUAUUCCUUACUUAAACGUUUUUCAUGUUGGAAAGGCUUACUGCAAAGAGACUGACACAAAAUUACUAUAUGUGCUGGGAGGAUUUCAUUGUAGCUGGAAAUUGGUAGAUGGUGCACUUAUUAUAUGGAAGGGGGAAAUGUUCUGAUUUAAUAUUCUGUGAGAUGUAAUUAUAAUGGACAUAAGAAGAUAAAUUAGUGGCAUGCUUUGGGGGUGUAAGUGGGGGGUAGGAGAAGAAACUGCUGGUUGGGAGGCGAACAAGACUGACCAACAGAUCAGCCUCCUCCUCAUCUUCAGGAAGCUUCAGGUACUACGCCUCUGAUGAUUGUUCAGUCUUGUUGGUUUCUAAAUGCUUGUUUUAGAUUAAGUGAGAUUUGGAUAUGGAAUAGAUAAAUGCUGUUUUUCUCUUUCCAGGAGCAGCUGGAGAACAGCAUUAAAAGGAGAAAGAGGAGGAGCAGAACGAGAAAGAUGAGAAAGAAAAAAGAAAGUCGUUUAUUGCACAUCUCUCACACUCGUGGUUAAAUAAUGCAAAGUAAACUCUCAGUCAAGCACAAGUAGGUACAUCUUUGAUCUUGUUUUAAAGGGGUAAGACAGUGAGUUUGUGUUACAGUUCCACAAAGUUGGGCUUCCAGGAAACAAAAUACUUCCAUACCACGGAGAGGCGGAGUUGAGGGAUAUGACAGAGGACGUUGGUGCUGGACAGAUUACAGUCUGCUGUAGUUCACACCUUGCAAGAAGGAGCUGCAGGGAACGGGACAGCGUAAUGCAAAAUAGCGCCCGAAGCCGUGUGUGUGAAUCUGUCUGCUUGUGUUCGGAAAAGUAUCAAAAAUAAGAAGGGCAAAAAACGAAAGAGGACACGUACAGACAAAUACCCACGGGAGUGAAACAGUAUCAAGUUCCACGUGAUUUUACACACAAGGAGCAAGGCUCUAAGGAUAGAGAUGUGUCUGUCGGCCAGUGGUUUGGUUCAUCUCUCCACUUGGGUCCAAACUGAAAUGUCUCAACAACUAUAUUAUGUUUUACAAUGACAUUUUCAACAGACAUUCAUGUUGCCCUCUGAGUUUAGUAGUUCCCCGACUCUUCCACUUGAACCGCGGGUCAAAACGUUCACUUAUCCAGUUAAAUAUAUCAGCAUCUACAAGAUGGAACAGGACAAACUUUUUAUUGACUUUUAUGAUUCCCCUAAAGCUGAGUAAUCCCCUGGUAUUUAACUAUGGUAGGAAUUAGAAUGUUCUUUUACACUGCUUGCUUAUAGGGUGCAUCUGGUCACGUGAACAUGGUAUUAGCCAAUCAGAAUACCAGCCGUAGGUCUGCGCGAUACGAUGGGGAUUGUCCGAUGUGACGUAGUGCGGGAGGCGUUGGCCAUUGCGGUGCUAUGUGCUCUGGAAACCUGACAGGGACGAGAAGACGCCCUUUGAAAUAAUCUUUGCAUCCAGGUUAAAUAUUUAAAACGUACUCUUCCUCUUGUUUUUCUUGGUAUUACCACUAAGCCAUUUGCCCGGUCCUGUCGAAAUGAUCAAAAACGGUCACCACGCCACCUACGACCAGCGGGAUGAAGCCAGUGGCAGUAAGCCAGUUGUCUCGGGAUGCAGCCCGGAGAAAAGGAAGCGUGUCGUCCGGUUGUGGUGUGACGGCUGCUAUGACAUGGUGCACUACGGUCACUCCAACCAGCUGCGGCAGGCCAAAGCCAUGGGAGAUUACCUCAUAGUUGGAGUCCAUACAGAUGCGGAGAUCGCCAAGCACAAAGGUCCUCCAGUCUUCACCCAGGAAGAACGCUACAAGAUGGUGCGGGCGAUCAAAUGGGUGGAUGAGGUGGUGGAAGGAGCACCCUACGUUACCACCCUGGAGACUCUCGACAAGUACAACUGUGACUUUUGUGUGCAUGGAGAUGACAUCACGCUGACGGUAGAUGGUAAGGACACAUAUGAGGAGGUGAAGCAGGCAGGCCGCUACAGGGAAUGCAAACGCACACAGGGUGUCUCUACCACAGACCUGGUGGGACGUAUGCUUCUCAUGACCAAAGCCCACCACAGCAACAUGGACAACCCAGAUUACCAGCAGCAUAAAGACAACUUUGGAAAGGGUCCUAAAGGCCACAGUCCAUGGACAGGAGUGUCUCAGUUUCUCCAGACAUCACAAAAGAUCAUCCAGUUUGCCUCAGGCAAGGAGCCUCAGCCCGAUGACACCAUCAUCUACGUGGCUGGAGCAUUUGACCUCUUCCACAUCGGACAUGUUGACUUCUUAGAGAUGGUCUAUAAACAGGCAGAGAGGCCCUACGUCAUCGUAGGUCUGCACUUUGACCAGGAAGUCAAUCGAUACAAGGGAAAGAACUACCCAAUCAUGAACAUUCAUGAGAGAACACUGAGUGUCUUGGCCUGUCGGUAUGUGUCAGAGGUGGUGAUUGGUGCACCCUAUGCAGUGGACAAAGACCUGCUGGAUCAUUUUAAGGUGGACCUGGUGUGUCAUGGAAAGACAGAGGUGUUUCCAGAUAAGGAUGGCUCAGACCCCUACGCUGAACCUAAGAAAAGGGGGAUAUUCAAGGUCAUUAAAAGUGGGAACAGUCUGACCACUGAUGACAUCGUCCAGAGGAUCAUUGAAAACAGGCUGCAUUUUGAAGCCAGAAACCAGAAGAAGGAGGCCAAGGAGAUGGCAGUGAUCGAGGCCAUAAAGAAGAGAGAGCAACGGGAGCAGCAGAGUGAAGCUGCAGCCCAGGCCGCUCACUAGUGAGACCUCACACUGGGUCCAGCUGGUUACUCAUCCUGGAACACUCAGUUUUAAGAGGAUGAACUCAACUGACCCAGAUGGAUGUCCUGAACUAGACCUGAUUGGUGGAACGAUCCAGGGAGAGGGGCAACAGUUGCUAUCCACUUUCAUAUAUAAGGACUACAUCAACCUACUGUAAAUGGGUUUAGAAUAGAUCUGCCUUGACAAGAGCACAGAGAGUUCAGACUCCUAACACGUGCUGUGAUUUUAACCUGCAGAAUCCCUUUACACCUCUCGUCCUCAGAGAACUACGCUUUCUUAACUUCUGUCAUGUAUUGAUUGUUUCCUUGAAUUUACACGCUAUGUGUCCUCUUUUAGGUGGUGGAAGUGGUAUGUUAAGUUUGUAAUUAUCAUUAACUUAAAAUUUUAACAUUAUUGUCAGUUAUGUUUUUAGAUUGUAAACUUAAUUAGAUUUUAAUGAUCAGAAGUGUCAUCACUGAUGUUGACCAAUGCCUCUUUUCAAUAAUGUAGAGUCGUAUUAAUUUCACUGUUGCCCAUCCUAAAGAACAGAAGUCUUGUGGUAAAUUUUAGCUACCUGAAUUUGCACUGAGCAUGUGUGUUUGUGUGCGAGGGAGUGAGCUGAAUUAGUUUUUGCAAUGUAAAUUACAGUAGUGCCUCAUUCCUAAUGUUAUAACUGAUAUAAAGGCUGUGAAUCACAUCAGAAAGUCUGAGUUAGUGCAGUGUCUCGACAGCUAUCGGUCAGGUUGUUUCAGAAAAUUUGAAUGUCUGCUCCUCUUUGUCACAAGACAUUUCUGAAGAUUUGGGACCCGGUUUCACAGUCAAACUGUUGAAGGUUACUGUCUUUUGUUUUGGGUUUUUUUUAUGUUGGGACUGUUACUUGGACAAGAAUGGUGUGAGACAUUGUGUUUUUAAAGUGUGCUUCUGGGUUGAAAGGUCAGAUGCUAGCAUCCUGAGAAAAGAAUUUUUGCCAUUCACUCACUUGCAAUUGCACCCAUGUCCCCUUAUUAAUAAAUCGGUAAUAUGG